CAAAGUUCAGAAGCAGCGUGUUGGAAGAAGAAGCGAGCAACACAUGCGGAGGACUGGUGUUUCGUUGCUUCUUUAGUUUUCUGUUAUUUUGUUUUAAAGUGUAGUAAGAAUACAAUAGUAUAUGUCAACAAUGACUGAGGGCAAAUCAGAAACUUCGAAAAAGGCAAAGACCUUGCUAGCUCUUAAUCCGAGCGAUGACGCAGAAUUUCAGAAGAAAGUUCAGCAAGUCAAGAAACGAAAGAAAAAGCCUGCAAUGCAGUCCAAGUUGAGUCCUGGCGUGGUGUACGUGGGACACAUCCCUCGGGGGCUGUUUGAGCCACAGCUCAGAGCGUAUUUCGGGCAGUUUGGCACCAUUCUCAGGAUGAGGCUGUCCAGAAGCAAAAAGACUGGCGGAAGCAAAGGUUAUGCCUUCAUAGAGUUCGACUGCGAUGAAGUGGCCAAGAUCGUAGCUGAGACCAUGAACAACUAUCUGAUGGGUGAAAGACUCAUCCAGUGCCACGUCAUGCCUCCGGAGAAGGUCCACGCCAAGCUGUUUAACGGCUGCAACCGCUCCUUCAAGAAGCCCACGGAGCCGGCUGUGGCCCGUUACAACCAGAAGCACGGCGAGGAGCGGCUGGAGAAGACCAAGGAGAGGCUGCUGAGGAAAGAGGACAAGCUCCGCAAGAGGCUGGCGGCGCAGGGCAUCGAAUACGACUUCCCCGGAUUCGCCUCUCAGUUUCCAAAGAAGAAGGCUGCCGCUUCAGGAGAUGCCAACUCCUCAGUCUGUAGUAGUAAUGACGUCACCCCAGUAUGUACGCCUUCGGUCCUGGAGAGGAGAAAGUCAGUAGUGGUGACUGAGGCAGACGAUGAUAAUGAGGUGGUCAUCAAACAGAUGCCCGAGGUCUCAUUUGAGGAGGAGGAGAGCGGCGACGAGGAGGAGUCUGGAUCCGAUGAGGAGGUGGAGGAAGGACUUCCUGGGGAGGAGGAGGAGGCUGGCGAUGAAGAUGGGUCAAAACAGCCCGCGGAAGGCGAAGAGGAGAAACGAGCAUAGGAUUGACUUGGCAGAAAAGACUGAGAUCUCUAAAGUCAAUCCUGGAUGAUACAGUUUCAGAGACUUUUGUACAUAACUAAUUACUUUCCUUACGUGGGGAAAAAAACGGAUGAAUGCAGACUGCCAUUUGGUCUUCAUGUUGUGUAUAAUAAAACACAAAUAUUGUUGUGGCCUUUUAGGGACAUGGCGCUCCCUAGUGGUCUUGAUGGAAAUUGCCAUGGUCUUGAGGGGAACAGUUUCUGCAUGGCAGGCCAAACAUGUGUUGACUGUUGGCCUGUCUGAUUUAAAUAAUGGUUUUUGAUCAUGCAAAUGUAACUGUUCGGAAGCCUUCAAAGCAGUCUGUAUUUAAUAAAAUCACUCUUUGUAUGUAGAGAGGUUUGUCACUUUUUCUGUAAUGUGCCUGUAGGCCUAACAUUAUUGAAAAUGAAGGGUCACCGUGAUUAAAGUUAAGCUUGCUAUACAACGA